AUGAGUGGUGUCUUCGGCAUGAAUAUGAAAAAUAAUACACUAUAUUCCGCCUUGCCAUUCAUUGUGCUAUGGAUAAUGUCAUACGUGUAUUUAAUACUGGCUGAUUUACUUCUCAAAUACGACGUGUUCACACUGAAAAGUUUAAGAAAAACUUUCAAUUCCAUUGCUUUUUGGAUACCUGCCAUGUGUCUUUUCGCUAUUGGAUUUUUGGAAGUUGAACAACAAAUAUUUGCUGGGGUGUUAUUAAUUGCCAUUGUAGCUCUAAAUGCUGGCAAUAUGAUUGGCAGUGGUUUGAAUGUCCUCGAUUUAGCUCCGAAUCACACGGCCAUUUUGAUGAGUUUUAUAAAUUCAGUAGCAACUAUAAUGCCAAUUUUAACACCGCUAGUGGCGGGUGCCAUUGUUAGCGAUAAUUCUAAUAUCAAACAGUGGCAAAUUGUGUUUGCCAUUUGCGGUUCCGUAUAUGUUGUUACUAAUAUGAUUUAUCUGAUCUGGGGUACAACCGAUGUCCAGCCAUGGAACGAUCCAGAUUUUCAGGAAUCUAGAAGAGAUAUUCAAAGUGUUGGCAAUAUUGAUGGUCGUUCGAAGGGAAUUAAAGUGGAUGUGUGA